AUGAGUGAAAGCAUACCUUUCAACAAAAAUGUGCACUCUCCACCGGACCCAAACUAUGGCACUCUCCCUCGUUCAUUAUUUCAUCGACGUUCUCUCCAUUUCUCGCGUCAGCAUACUCCUCCUCGACUAUCCAAUGUACCGGUGCCUCCCAGAAGCGCUGCCGCUUCUGGGCCUUCUAGCCCUAUUAGUAUGUUCAGUCCAUCCUUGCGGAAUUUAUCGAAUCUAUCGUUCUCUCGCAUUGUAUCCCAAAGGCCGAUUUCUGCGUACGAUGCAACUUUCAACUCUGAUUCAAAAGACGACGGUGGACUGGGAAUGAGUAUGGAUGCAAAGAAGAAUGGUGUCCGCGUUUGGUACUCGUCGUACAGCUCUAUUGACUGGAUGCAUGAUGCUAUCAAAGAGUCAUUGCGCUUUUCGCGUCUUCGAAGGAAGAAGAAUUUCAGGGCGCGUAUUCGUCUGGCUGUUGACCGCCUUCUUGGCUGGAUUAUUGUCACGAUUGUGGGAUGCUUAACCGCAGUUUUCGCGUUCCUCGUCGUGACUAGCGAACGAUGGUUCUUCAGUCUGAAAGAUGGCUACUGUACCGAAGGCUGGACCAAGGCCAGAGCGCUCUGCUGCCCCCAAACGGAACUAUCAAUGCUCUUUCCAACAUCUACAACAGAAACAGAAUGUCAAGCGUGGAGGCCAUGGUCCGACCUGUUUGCGUGGGACGGAGGGAGUGGCAGCAUCCAAUUUGUGGCCUACACUUUCAUUGCUCUUUCACUCGCUGUAUCUUCGUGUUGGCUGACACUACUUCUCACCAAAUCGACUUCGUUUGUGACGCGAAAGGAAUCGGGCGUUUUGGGCCCUGAUUUCCAUGAUGGAUCCGAGACCACUGCCGCCCCCCGUAAGAUAUUUUACUAUGCAUCUGGCAGCGGGAUUCCCGAAUUAAAGGCCAUUUUAUCUGGUUUCGUGAUACAUGGUUAUCUAGGAGGACGCGUUCUCAUCGCAAAGUCUGCUGGCUUGGCGCUUUCCGUGGCGUCCGGAUUACAGCUUGGUAAAGAAGGCCCCUUUGUUCAUAUCGCAUGUUGUAUCGGGAAUAUCGUCAGCCGAUUAGCAAGUAAAUACGAAAACAAUGAAGGCAGGAACAUCUACUCUAAGAGACGAGAAAUUCUAAGUGCUGCUUGCGCCGCCGGAGUAGCGGUUGCUUUUGGUGCCCCGAUUGGAGGCACGCUUUUCAGCUUGGAAGAAGUUUCCUAUUUCUUCCCUGCCAAGGUGAUGUGGCGAAGCUUCUUUUGCGCAAUGAUUGCGGCCAUCACUUUGAAAUUGCUCAAUCCUUUCGGGACAGGUAAACUUGUCUUGUUCCAAGUAACAUAUGAUAAGGACUGGCAUGCUUUUGAAUUGUUCCCUUUCGUUAUAUUAGGCGUGUUCGGCGGUGUCUACGGCGCAUAUUUCUCUAAGCUCAAUUUUCGCUGGAGCCGUGACGUCCGCAACGCGACAUGGCUCAAGGAUCACCCUGUGAUUGAAGUGUUACUGGUUACUCUUGCUACUUCUGCAUUCUGUUUUCUUAAUCCAUAUACGCGUAUGGGCGGUACGGAGCUCGUUUCUGCCUUGUUCUCUGAGUGUCACAAAGGCGUCGAAGACGAGUGGGGUCUCUGCUUGUCAGAUCCUGGUUCUUGGUCCCAAGUUACCCCGGUAGUCGGUGCGCUUCUAUUGGCUCUUGUCGUCAGAGGUACUUUGACUCUGGUGACAUUUGGGAUCCGAUUGCCUGCUGGGAUCUUCAUCCCCUCUCUUGCCGCAGGUGCACUGGUCGGCAGGAUGAUCGGGAUUCUCCUUCAAUUCCUUCGAUAUCAACAUCCAGAUAUGCGAUUUUUCAGUGCCUGCAGUGGGGAUAAUUGCAUCAUUCCUGGAUUGUAUGCAAUGGUCGGCGCUGCCGCUAGUUUGGCUGGUGUCACGCGUACUACAGUAUCUCUCGCUGUUAUCAUGUUCGAGCUGACCGACACUUUGUCGUAUACUAUCCCGAUCAUGAUAGCGGUCCUUUGCGCAAAGACCACUGCUGAUGCUCUUGAAGAGAAAGGAAUCUAUGAACUUGUCAUUGAUGUAGCCCGUCUUCCCUAUCUAGACUGCAAGAAAACUUUUCUGUGGGGAGAUCGUCAAAUUGCAGAUGUGAUUAUUAGGGAUGUCGACGUUAUUAGGCUUGAUCAGGACAAUACGGUCAAAAGUCUUCGCGACAAAUUACAAGUAUCUCUGCAAGAUGAUGGAAAUCAGGAUGCCGUAUUCCCUAUCUUGCGGGCUGACGAUCACGAUGAGGACUCGACAAGACUUGUUGGUGUAAUAGGCGCUCGGGAGCUCGAACAUGCAUUGUGCAUUGUGGCUGACCAUCCAGAUGAGACUAUCACUUUUCAAAUAACAUAUUCUCACCAUCCUCUGGCUUCGUCGUCAUUUUCGUCUCUACUUGACGAUACGAACCGUUCUAGCUUCGAUAUCUUUGACUUUUCCAUAUAUAUGGAUCAGGCCCCUCUCACAAUUACUCUCAACUCUCCCCUUGAAUUGGUGCAACAGUUCUUCGUCAAACUAGGCGCUCGAUAUGUCAUCGUGACGGAUAUGGAUGGUUACUAUGAUGGAAUUAUUGACAAGAAAACCUGGCUCGCCUUUUUGAAUGAAGCAGGCGAUCAUUGA